UCCAAGAUGGCGGUACCUGGUAAACGUAAUUCAGUUAGGUUUAUGUACACUGUGUACAUUCGUUUGAGUUUUAUCAUGCUUUCCAUCUUUUUAUCGUUCCAAAUACACAGAUCCGAAGGAUCAUCUGCUCACCGUACUCUGGCCAAUUUGGAUCAGAAAGACCUCGUAGUGCUAUGUCAAGUCACACCAAAUUUGACUUUUCUUCAUCUGGGCUGGUUCCAGUGUCCCACCACAGAAGAAUGCAAGUCCAACCUGGAUAAAUACCUAAUUGCGCAUAUCUUCAACAGCAGCACUGUGGUGGUAGUUGAUCGGGAAAAAUUUGCAUUAAAUGUCACUGGAGCAUUGACUAUCCUUAAAGUAACACCUGAAUAUGACAAUAAAACGCUACUUUGCAUAAUAAAAAAUCCUCUUAUUGGAUCAGAGGAAUUCAGCACACUCUUGGAAAUUUCUAAAGAACCACCAAAAAUAAUUUCCAAAAGUCUGCUAACUGUCUAUGUAGUGAAAGAUAUGAAACUGGUUUUGGAGUGUUAUGCUGUUGGUUAUCCUUUACCCCAAGUGACAUGGACACGUGAUAAUAAACUCCUGAAGAACGAAACAAGUACCUAUGCAAACUUUGAGAGGCAAACUGCUACUAUGGAAGACAAUGGAUCAUAUACCUGUCGAGCCAAGAAUUCUUUAGGAUAUGAUAAUCACACUGUGCGAGUAAUUGUUAUUGGAAAGGAAGACGUGGAGUCUCCGAUAGACUGCAAUAAGCUCUUAAUCGUGGUAAUCGUGCUUAUCGUGCUUUUGUUUGGGGUACUCGUGAUUGCUUUUGCAGUCAUUUUUUGCCUGGUUCAGAAGAACAAGAAGCUUGACCUGCUCAGCAAGAAUAGUUCCGAUGAACAAAAGGACGAGGAUGGAUCGCUGGAGCUACUUCCCAAUCCUGUCGUACGCAAGGAUCUUUCGCAACCAGUCGAUUCGUACCUGAAGUCAGACGUUUCGUUGCCAGUUUACCUCGAUGCAACUGAGCUGUAAAGGCUCCGUCUUGGCUUCUGGUUUAGGCUGUCGAAGGUUGUGGCAAUGGUCUCAUGCGAAAUGAAGGCGUCCCUGUAAGUUUCUCGUGAUACUCCACUGUUGCAGGUCCUGUGCUACCAUUUAUUGCAGCCAUCGCACAAAUGAGCUUUAAUGUACGAUAUUAUGUAUCAUAUUAGGGUAAUGGAACACGCAAAUUAUGCCACAGUUUCAUAGACAUUUUUUGGCAACAAGCAUCAAGCUUAGGAGCCCAAAAGAAUUUGUUUUUGGUCAUCAAGAACACUUGAAUGUUUUCUUUUGAAACUUUUCUAUUUUCGCGCGUUCUUUAUGGGAUCUGUACGACGCUGAAACAAGACUCUAGUUUCCAAAACUAUAAGUCAAAUGGGCUACUAGAAAAUAAAAUAAUACUGUAGCUGAAUAAUAAAUCCCUUAUUUGAUGGUUUGACAUAUAACACGAGCGAACAAUUUGCUUAUUGCUUGCCCUAUUUUUCCUCGUUCUUACUGGCUCGGAAAAUACUUCGCAACGCGUUCAACUCGCAAAAUUUGUGCUCGUAUUACAUAUUAAACCAUCGAAUAGGCUGCAAGUAUCUUUACUGUGGACCAAUAAAGUUCUAAGGUUAAAUUAAUUUUUAAGUUAAGUUAGAUUUAAGCUUAUAAAUACUAGAAGAACUCCGAUUUUUUGGAAAGGUUGCAGAACAAAGCGAUGCGAAUAAUUUAAGAGUAAAUCCCUUAACGUGCACACAGUCAAUGAGGGAGAGGCUUGGCCUGUUAACAUUAUCCAGUAGGCGCCGCUAUCUUCGUCUCCAACUAGUAUAUAAAAUUGUAAAUGAUUGUCACUGUCCCAGCAAACUUCAAGGGUAUUUUGUAUUGAGAUCAGAACUUCGUCGUAAAGCCCACAGAGAUAGUAAGGAACUCCAUCUCCCAAGAUACAAAACAGCUAUGGGCCAGUCAACAUUCGAGUAUGCCGCUGCAAAGGAAUAGAAUGACCACCCCAAAGAACUGCGUGCUUGCGAAACGCUGAUAAUUUUUAAAAUUAAAACUUUUAAACUUCUAUAAGAAUAAGACAAGGCACAAC